CCUCCUUGGUUUAAACUGAAAAGCAUGAUGGCUCUGCUCCAGCUCCCCCAGCCAACCUAGGGUGGAGGGAAGGAGUGCCGGGGCCGCUCCGGGAGGGGGCCGGGGUCCCCUGCCCGCUCCCGAGGGCCAGCUCGAUCCGCCGUGCCACGCAUCGGUGAAGAGAGAGCAGGACCCUUUCUCCUGCGUGGCCUCCCGCCAGGGGAGAAAGAAAAGCAAGCUAGGCGACGCGUGGUCGCUGGCAGUGGUGGUGUGAACUGGACUACUAGGCUGUUUUCUUGCCAACCACGCCGCCUCCACACACAUUAGGCCCGAGGGACACUAUUAGCUUCUUACCCGGCGCCAGGAGCGGCGCGGGCUAGGGCCUGUGUCUGCAGGUGGACGUGCGGGCGGAAAUCGAUGCCUCCCGCAGAGACAGCAGACCUGUUCCCAACCAGGCCUCCUGCAGGAAGAGGCUUACAGGGGCGUCCAUCUGGGGCGCAGCUGAGCCAGGAGGCUUCUCCUGGGUAGGAGGCUGCAGCCCAGUUCUCCCUCUGCAGGUGGUGUGUCUUGAACCGGGCCUGGGGGCUUGUGACCCUUUGUGCCCCUUCGCCAUGGCCACAUUGAGCACCAAGCCCAGUGAGCGCUUCCGGCUGGCCGACUGGAACACCAACAGCUACCUGUUGUCCACCAAUGCCGAACGGCAGCGAGAUGCUUCCCAUCAGAUCCGCCAGGAGGCCCGGGUCCUCCGGAAUGAGACCAACAACCAGACCCUUUGGGAUGAACACGACAAUAGGACUCGGCUGGCGGAGAGGAUUGACACGGUGAACCGCUGGAAGGAGAUCCUGGACAAGUGUCUGACGGAUUUAGAUGCCGAGAUGGAUGCCCUCGCAAAGAUGAAGGAAUCAGCAGAGCAAAACCUGCAGGCCAAGAACCUGCCUCUGGACGUGGCCAUCGAGUGCCUGACCCUGCGGGAGAGCCGGCGGGACAUCGAUGUGGUGAAGGACCCAGUGGAAGACGAGCUGCAUAAAGAGGUGGAGGUCAUCGAGGCCACCAAGAAGGCCUUGCAGCAGAAGAUUCGCCAGGCCUUCGAGCAGCUCUGCCUCCUGCAGGAAGUCCGACAGCAGCUCAACUCUGACCAUCGGGGCAAAAUGGAGACGCUGGAGAUCGACAGGGGCUGUCUCUCUCUCAACAUCAACUCCCCAAACAUCUCUCUGAAGAUCAAUCCGACGCGUGUCCCCAGUGGCUCCACCACGCUCCAGCAGUGGGAUGAGUUCAGCCGGUCCAACAAGAACCGAGCAGAGGCCGAGAUGAAGGCAGCCACGGAGCUGAGGGAGAUUAUCGCCUUGACUAUCGCCGAGACCAACAAUGAACUCGAAGCCCAGAGGGUCGCCACGGAAUUCGCCUUCAGGAAGCGACUGCGGGAGAUGGAGAGAGUGUACAGUGAACUCAGAUGGCAGGAGAAGAACACCUUGGAGGAGAUCGCCGAGCUGCAGGAGGACAUCCGGCAUCUGGAGGAGGAUCUGCGCCGGAAGCUGCUGAGCCUGAAGCUGGCCCACACCCGGCUGGAGACCAGAACCUACCGGCCCAACGUGGAGCUCUGCCGCGACCAGGCGCAAUAUGGCCUCACUGACGAGGUUCACCAGUUGGAGGCAACCAUCGCUGCCCUGAAGCAGAAGCUGGCGCAAGCACAGGAUGCUCUGGAUGCCCUGUACAAGCAUCUGGCCCGGCUGCAGGCUGACAUUGCUUGCAAGGCCAACUCCAUGCUGCUGGACACCAAGUGCCUGGACACGCGACGCAAGCUGACGGUGCCGGCUGAGAAGUUCGUGCCCGAGGUGGACACCUUCACCCGCACCACAAACCGCACUCUCAGUCCACUCAAAAGCUGCCAGCUGGAGCUGGCCUAGCUUCCAGGGACGAGGCAGGAGGGGAAGGUGGGGUGGGAAAGGGAAGGAGGGGCAGAGAAUACAUUUAAUAAAGGUCGAGGUUCUCA